UAGAAGAGGAAGAAUCAGAACCUUUACCUUCUCUCUCUAUAUAUAUAUAUACCCACCCCCUCCCACCCUCUUCACUACUCCCCUCACUUUCUGUGCUUGACGGUCGCCGGACGGCGAAUUUCACGAAAAUUGAACUUUCAAAUUUGGAUCAUGGAGUGAACAUGUUGGCAUUGUCAUUGGUCGGACUGAUAGCUGCCUAUCUGUGUUGUGUGUAAGCAAGCAUGGGUUCCGCUUGUUGUGUUGCUUCCAGAGAUAGAGCUGUUAUAAAUGGAUCAUGCAGUGAAAAUUUGCAGAGGAAUGUCCGCCACUCGCCUACAUGGAGCUUUCGGUGGGAUAAUCGGGGACGAGUGGCUGGGGAGGAGACAUCAGUGAAUUGGUCUUCUGAUGGAAUUGGUGGCAUUGACAGAUUAGAAUUUAAAUCUGGGACAACUGUAGGAACAGUACAUGCAUCUGAAGAGGGUAGUCCAUUGGAUAGUUUCAGAUCACUUGCAUGGCAAAAGUCACCAGUUUCUGAUGGAACUAAUCGAAACUUGUCACUUCCUUUAUUGGAUCCCUUAGCUGAGAGGACUUCCACUGAGGUUAAAGAAUCAGACGGUUCAUCAGCACUUUCAUUCCCCUCUCCUGGAAAGCUAUCUCCAUCUGCUCCCUCUGUUUCAUCUUUAUCUACAUCUCCUUUAUCAUCGCGUAGUCAGCUACUUCCUGCUAGCUUUACUCCUAGUUUGCCUCACCAUUCUUCAGCAAACCUUCUGGGACGAGAAGUUCCUGAUAGCCGUGUACCGGGGCUAAAGUCACCUACAUUUUCAAUUUCUGAAGAAUCAUCUUCCUUUGUGCUCCCUGGUUGGGGUAAUGACUCAACUAGGGGCUCUCAUGGUGGGUCAUCAGAUGGUUGGUCAGUUCCUGCCUUUGCUGACCUGUCAAAUCCUCGUAGAGACAGGUGGUCAUUUGAUAGUGAAUCCUUUGGUUUCCAUCGUGAAAGGGUUACUAGUAGAAGUUUUGGUUCACCUUCUUUCAAUCUCCAGACAUGUGCCGUGUGUGCGAAGCUGUUGAAUGAACUUGUUGUUGCUGUUCUAGUUUGCGGCCAUGUUUUCCAUGCUGAGUGCUUGGAGAAUAUGACGUCUGAAAUCAACAGGUAUGACCCAGCUUGCCCUGUCUGUACUUUUGGGGAGAAGCAGACCUUGAAGAUGUAUGAAAAGGCAAAAGCUAAGAUGGAUUUGAAAGCUAGAAAGAGAUUCCGGAAUCGGAUUGUCGACAGUGAUAUUAGUGGCAAUCUUGGUUGGUUUGAGCAUCAGAAAAGUAGCCCACAUGACGGAAGGUGUCCCAGGAUGAGCUCCAGUUCCAGUAUGAAGAGCUCUUCAAGGAAGCCUUUCCUACGGCGUUAUUUCUCCUUUGGUUCAAAGGGAUCAAGAUCCUACUCUGAGAGUCUUUCAACUCGGAAAAGGGGGUUUCUUUGGAGAAGAUCUAAUAAGGCGUAGGCUUCUUUGUGAACAUAAAAGAUACCAUGGGUAAGUUCUCUCAGCUACCUUUUUGGAUAGUAGAGAGUCGUGAUAGCAGCCAUGAUCUUGAUGGUGGAAAUGCAUUCACAGGCAAGUUUAAGUUACCUUCUGAAGUAUACAUUGUAAAAAAUGGGAACAAUAUAGGCUGGAUGGUUGAUUUGUUAUAUAGGAAAGGAGAAAAUACAAAUUUGAAAAAUAGUUCUUUCAGUGUACUUUCUUUUGGAUUUCUUUCAUGUCAAGGCCAUAAAAAUAUUGUCCUGAAUAUUUGUAUCUGCUAAUCUCUAGUCCCUGUACCGCAAGCAGGCGUCUGGUGUUCGACGCCUGCCUUACAGUAGGAAUGAGUUAUCAGCCCUUAUAGCCUUCUUUGGGUUCUUUUUGUAUUUCUCAGUUGGUCAGAGCGCCUAAUACUUUGACACCUUGAAAGCAUUA